UCCCUUUUGAAGAAUAAUGACGAUGACAGACUUGGACCCAAUCUUUGUCAAGGCUCUGAGACUGCUUCAUUCUAAGAGCAAGGACUCAGCUGAUCAACUCAAACAAUUACUGGAUGAUGUGCUACAUACAAAGAAGGGUCAGAAGGGAGGAUCAAGUUCUGAUUCCAGAUCGUCUUCUAAAUCAUCACAAAAAGAAAAAGAUGACAGCAAGUCAAAGAAACGAGAAGCUGAAAAACGGAGCAUUGACAAGGUGAAGCAAGAGAACUUGGAGGUCCCUGAUGAAAUUCCAUCCAAAAAAUCGCGGAAGGAAUCACCAAAACGCCCCAUUAGUCCCUCAAGUGAUGAAGAGAUGAAAGUCAAAGACAUCAAACAAGAGCCUGUGGAGAAACCACAGAGUAAAGACAAGGAAGAGAAAGAGAGGACCAGAAAGGAUGAGGAAAAGAAAGUGAAAGUAGAGAGGGAGGACAAAGUGAAAGUAAAAGAAGAAAACAAAGGUUCAGGGGAUAGUGAUGAUGAUUUCAAUGAUUUUGCCUUUGGACUAGAUAUUGCAUGUGUUGUUUGCAAGUCUUUUGAUGUGAAGACUGGAAAUCAGCUGGUAGAAUGUCAGGAGUGUCAUCAUCUGUAUCAUCAGGAAUGCCACAAGCCUCCAGUGACAGAACAAGAUGUCCAUGAUCCCCGGUUUGUCUGGUAUUGUUACAAGUGUACCAAGAGUCUCAAGAAAAUGGUGAAUAAACCAAGUAAGAAUAAACUAGAGGAAUCUAAGGAAAAGGUCCGCUCCUCUGGUUCUGGCAAGUCUGGUAAGAGUGAUCCAGCAGGACUCUUCAACUUCAGGAAGGUUUCCACUUCAAGUAAUAAUUCAAACAACUCCGGAGCUAAACCUAUGAGUGGAUUAGCUAGUUUGGCUGCCAAACCUGCUAGUGGAUUGAGUGGUCUCUCUGCUAAACCUAUGAGUGGACUUGCAAGUUUAGCAGCAAAUCUAUCUGGAAAGACAGAACAAACUAAAUUGACCAAAUCAGAACCUGGAAAAUCUCCAAAAUCUGACCAAUCCAAACCCUCGUCUGGAAAAUCUGACCAAUCACGAUCAAGCAAGUCAGAUAUACAGAAAUCUAGUUCAGUUUCUUCAAAACCAGACUCUGGAAAGCAGAUAUCAUCAGAAAAGUCGAGUGGAAUGUCAAAAUCAAGCUCAUCUUCCAAGCUUAGUUCUAAAGGUGAGGAGUCUAAAUCAAAAUUAUCAUCAGAGAUGACAAAAUCAAAGACAUCAGAGUCAGGGAAAUCUAAAUCUAUGGUAGAUCCGGCUAAAAUUGAGGCCUUAAAGGCAAAGACUGCAGGAGGGGAAUCAUCAAAAUCUAAAUCUCCAAGUUCACCUUUCGAGGUGCCCAAAUCUAAAGCUCCUGGAUCUAGUAAGCAAACCUCAGGUGGAAGCACAUCGGUUGUCAAUGCAGAGAAAAGACUGCAAAUGAUGAAGAAGAAGGCUGCUGUUAAAAUACAGGAGAAGAGAGCCUCAUUGAAGUGAUCAGGCAAUAGCUGACAAUGUGUGAACGAUCUUGUUUGACCUUUCUCCAUCUUUAUUGUGGUGAACCAAAUAUUGGCAGCAUGAAACGAAAAUCUGAGAUCAUGUGAUAUGUAUAUGCAUACUGAAUUUUGGUGGAACUUUAAUUAUAUUAUUUGCAUGAUAUUGAUACAUUUUAGUAAAUUAAAAUAUUGGCAGAAU